CCUUCUCCACGGCGUCCUCCAAUCAGAACGCGGCGUGACCCUACGCUAGUCAGUUGACCAGAGUAAACCAAUCACAAACGAGAUAGGGUACACGCCUCUGUCGCGCCUUCACUGAGGCAUGGGGGCGUGGUCAAAGAAAAUGUUGCCGCGCGACCUCCAAUGACAUCGCGCGGACGGAGAAAGUCUACGGGCAGCGGGGAGGACCAAUUCUAUCAUUCUCACGGGGCUGUAGGCGGAGUCGGUGGAGCAGGCCUCGGAUUUGACGCUGUACACACUGGGGCGAUUGGUCUGCUGAGGUUUUUUCCCCGUUGGAUUUCUGUACAUCCGGGCAGACAGCGAUCAGGAGCUGGACGAAGCGAUUGGUGUAUGCAUUCCUCAGCAUUCAGACGUCGGGUUCACUCCAAGCAUCAGUCAUUUGACCAAAUGGAUAAUGGAGACUGGGGAUACAUGACAACCGAUCCAGUCACGCUAAAUGUCGGGGGCCAUGUGUACACGACCUCACUCUCGACGUUAACCCGUUAUCCGGAUUCCAUGUUGGGUGCCAUGUUUCGAGGUGACUUCCCCACUGCUAGAGACUCCCAGGGCAAUUACUUUAUUGACCGUGAUGGAUCCCUCUUCCGGUAUGUGUUAAACUUUCUACGGACAUCAGAACUUACCGUGCCUGUAGACUUCAAAGAGUUUGAUUUGCUGCGGAAAGAAGCCGAUUUUUAUCAGAUUGAACCUUUAAUACAAUUUCUGAAUGACCCCAAACCUUUAUAUCCUACGGACACUUUCGAGGAAGUUGUGGAACUGUCCAGUACCAGAAAAUUAUCAAAGUAUUCCAACCCCGUGGCCGUAAUCAUCACCCAGCUUACAAUCACCACCAAGGUGCAUGCAUUACUGGAGGGGAUCGCCAACCAUUUCACUAAAUGGAAUAAGCACAUGAUGGACACUCGGGAUUGCCAAGUCUCUUUUACGUUUGGGCCAUGUGAUUACCACCAGGAGGUCUCCCUUAGAGUCCACCUGAUGGAGUAUAUUACAAAGCAAGGCUUCACAAUCCGAAACACCAGGGUCCACCACAUGAGUGAACGGGCCAACGAGAACACAGUGGAACAUAACUGGACUUUUUGCAGACUAGCUAGGAAGACGGAUGACUGAUGUAGACAUCAGUGAGAUGCCUUUUGGUGUAGGCACCAGUGUAGAUGAGUGUCCUGAUGACCUAUAUGUGCUCCUGUGCACAAUGUUAUUUAUUAACAGCCAUUGCGACUGGAUGGUCCCGCUAACGUGACUCCUCCAUUGUUCUGUUACCCAGCACGCAUGCAUGUGCCUAUACAUGGAUCAGUUUCCAUGCUUUGACAUAGGCUUCCAACCUUAAUGCACAUUACCCUUCUCAGUAUUGAUGUGUGAACACUUGGCUUGUUAAUAAUACAGGCAGAAGAAUAUUGCUGGAACUUCAUAAAUGAGCUGAAGUUUUAGCCUCGUACAUCAUGAUCAACUUUCGCGUGACAUCAGAUUUUGACCUUUUAAUAACUUUGUCUUUAAAAUAAGCUACAGCGAACAAAUUGUGGGAGAAACUUUGAGCAGGAGGCAUUGACGGCAUUGUGAGAUUUCAGAUAUGCAGUUACUAUGAUAACGAUAAGACUUCAGCAGUUUGAAGCACUCUCACCCCAUCAUUGUCUAUAUUGUUGCCAUCAAGUACUUUCAGGUUCAUGGGAUGGUAGAGAAUAAUCCCAUAAUCAUCUGGAUCAUAUAUGUCAGGUUCAUAAAUCUGUGUAGCAUCAUCUUCCAGCUUGUCGCUGCGUCCUAUGUGUAAUUUGUGCUUUUAUUGACAUCCAUGUUUGUGUUGUAUUAUAGCAACAUGACCGGGCAGAUUAGCAUCAUGACAAGAGAUAUCAGGAUGGCUCAUACUGUCUACCAGAAGACUGCAAUUUGCGAAGGUGGCCAUAGGCAUACUAGUGAUUUAGCCACUCCAGCCAAAUGAUUGGUUUGAUUGGUUGUGACCAAUAAAAAUGUAUUCUGUAUAUUAGGACACCAGUAUUUGUAUUAAAGAAGCACAUUCAAAUAUGUUUUUUAGCUUGUAAUUUGCAUCAUAGGCUAUUAGUCUCUUGUGCAUACCUGCUUUAGUUGAUGUGCCAUUUAUUGGCUGUCUGCAAUCUUAUUUCCUUGUUAUAAUGCACCCUACACCUCCCAUGAUGCCUCUGGCUGUGCAGAGACAGGGAGUGGAGUAUCAACACACUGCAUGAUUUCUUCUGAAAACAGCACUACACCUGCCCUCACCUUGUGUGUGGUAUUGCAGCCUAUAUCCGUUUAAAUGAAUGGAGCUAAGUUGUACUACCACACACAACCCGAGGACAAGUGUGGUUCUAACUUUAGAUGAAAUUACCUCUGUUUUUGUAUUCCUGGACAACCCCUGAAUUGCAGCAAGUGACAGAUCAGUUACAUUGAACUUUCAAUAUCCUAAAUCACAUCAUAGAGUCUGAGGUUCAGUUUACAAGUGAUCACAAAUCCCAGCUGUAGUCAUAAAAGGGAUCAAAGUAUAGAUGCAGCUGAGCUGGGAUGAAACAAAUUGCACUGCAGGAAUAUUGCUGGUGAGUUAGCUUGAUACGUCGAAAACAUUUUUGUUGGAGUGCUUCUUUAAAAACAAACAUUUUAAUUCUUAAACUUUAAAUCUGCUCAUGGCCAAAUCAUUGUGCCUACAGCCACCUGUGUCAGGUUUCAUGUUAAGUCAUCAUAUAGUGAUUACAUCAGGUAUAAGGUGCUGUACUGGAGAUAGAUGUUUGGUGAAAAAAGCAUGGCUGGGUCCUGUUGGGACAAAACAUGGAAAAUGUUUUCCUGCUUUGUCCUUACAAUGGGAUCCAAUCCCAUUCUAGGAAUUAGAGGUGUUAUCCAACUUCUGAGCCAGGAAAUAAGAAUAGUAAUAAUGUUUAGGACAUGCUUACUAAUGUAUCCCAGGAUUUUUCUCAUGAAAAUUCUAUGUAAGUGCCCGGUAAUAUUCCCCAGUCAGCGGUUGAACAUGGAUUCUUCCACAUUGCGCUCUGCUGAAAACUACACUUCCUGGCUGCUGAGAACUACAUAGCUUCCGGCUCAGUGAGUGGAUUACAUAGUGGUUAAAGCAUUUCACAGGACUAAUAGAUUUACAUUGUGCAGUCACAUUACUUUUUUGAUUUGCAAGCUGUAGGCCAAAAAAUGUUUUAACUUGGAAUACCGCUUUAGGACAGGGUCACACGGAACAGAUCUGCACUAUAUUUUACGCAGAUGGCCCGACCCUAUAUUGUGCCUCCAGCUGUUCC